AUGUUAACAGUUGUUGUAUAUUUCACCGUAUCCAAUUACAAAGGGGCGCCGGAGUAUCAAAAGGCUUUUAUUGGACAAUCGCUCCCGGGCAGAGCUCCCACCCACGACCGAGGAAAAAACGGGAGUCUGCAAUCUGCGAGGAGGCGUGGCAACACCUAUAUACCCCGGCGGAUACGGAAGUGGCGGGACCAAGGUGCUGAUUGGCCCUCUAGGUCCCGCGUCGGUUUUUUGAUUGGCCGGAGUCUUGGCGCCUUCGCGUCCAUCAGUCUGCCUGGCAACGGGCUGUUGAUUGGUGGAUGUCUGUCCCUGUCAGUCUGCCUGGCUUAUCUGAGACCUUUCGGCGGGGGGCGGUUUUUCUGUCAGCAUUUUCUGGCUGGCGCCUUUCCGCCUGCGAUCAGCGUGACCUUUCAUCCCGGCCUUUUUGGUAUAGGACAAGGGGCGACGUUUGUCUCCUGGCUACUUCCUGCUGGACAGGGGCGACGUGGGGGUCAGGGCCGGUCAGGACGAAAGGUCAGCUUAUGUGGGAUUGUGAGUCCUAACAGGAACCAGAGGGGACCUACUCUCGCGAGCCAGUGGAAGACCUCAGAAACCUGUUCAAGAGAACAGAAAACCAGUCAUGCUUCCAAUGCUACUACACCUCUAAUGGUUCUCUUGGCUGUGGUGAGCCUCUUUGGAGCAAUCCCUGGCCACCGGAUGGUAAUAUCAUCACAGCGUUUUGGAACCUGGACCCAAACUGCCUUCCCACAAAUACCUCCACUGUGUGCUGAGAAUGAAGCCCACAUACCAUGGACUAAAAAUUGGGCUGAAAAUUGGACUCCACAGAAGCUGUUACAACAGUUCCACAUCAAAAUGAUGGCUAUGCAAGGAUUCCAGCCCAUACUGCCCUUCGACUUAAAACAAGAAGCUAUCCUGCCCCAGGGACCCCUAGACCAGCAUCCAGAGAUUUCUACUCCCUGAUCAGCAGGGUUGACACCAUUACCCAGCUCUGAAGCAGUUACAGAAGAACCAUGACCCUUCUGCUUCCCAGAAGACUAUGGGAGAAAAAUCUCUGAGGGGGAAAUGAGACUGGAGGGAAGCGGGCAGGGUGCAACCACUAAAUAAAUGAAGAGAGGGCACAGCUGGAAUGCAAGAACAACUGACAGGAACCAGCUGUUGGUUCCUGAUGGACAAGGAUGGACAAACCAAGAUGGCUUUGAGAAGAGCCCGGUCAUUAACCUUUAGCUCAUUAUCCUUUCCUUGUAACGGCGCUUCCCAGGUGGCUCUAGUGGUAAAGGAUCCGUCUGCAAUGCAGGAGACAUAAGAGACACGGGCUCAGUUCCUGGGUUGGGAACAACCCCAAAGGAGGAAAUGGCAAUCUGCUCCAGUAUUCUUGCCUGGAAAAUUCCCUGGAUACAGGAGCCUGGCAGGCUACAGUUCAUGUGGCCACAAAGAGUCGGACUUGACUGAGCACACACACACCUUCAUUGUAACACUCAAAAUCACUCCCCCUCACACGAUGACAGUUCCAAGACAACCAUAAAAGGCCAAAAAAUGGACAGUGGCCCAAUUCCUGCCAAGACCCCACUGUUCCCUGAAACAGCAAGAACAUUCCUCCCACUGGGUAGCGUAUAAAAUGAUUCAGUCCAAAGAAACCAAUGACCCCAUACCCCACAGCCACUCUUACUUUCUGAGACAGUCUGCACUUUGCCUGUGGAAUGCAUAUCCCUCUAAAUAAACUCAC